AUAAUGAAGCGAAGGAAGUGGACGUGUCGGCUGGAGUGGCCCGUGAGGAUGAUACCAUCGCAGAAACGGGGCUAGCGCCCGCCCGGCGUGAUGAUAUCAUCCGGGUCGAAUGGGGCCCGCGGCGGAAAACAUUCACUCGCCUCCAUACAGCUCUUUCUUUCUCUUCCAUCUCAUUCAAUCUGAUUCAUCUUCCAUCUCAUUCAAUCUGAUUCAUAAUCAACCCAAGAUCACAUAAAAACUUAUAGCACUUACAAUUCUUUUGGAUAGCUUUUCCCACGGAAAAUACCUCGAAGCAACACCCGCAACAAUGUCACCCAAAUACACCAUCACUGAUCUCCUGCCCCUCCCCAAUUCCUCCGUCCAGAUACCCCGCCUCGGCUUCGGAGUCUACCGUUCCCACGCCGACAAAUGCGUCACCUCCACCGCCCACGCCCUGAAGGCCGGGUACCGACACAUUGACACCGCGCAAUUCUACGGCAACGAGAAGGAGGUCGGCGACGCCCUCCGCGCGUCGGGCCUGGCCCGCAGCGACGUGUUCGUUACCACCAAGAUCCUCAGCCCCGCCGGGUCGCCCGAGGCCACCUACGAGAAACUGGUGGCCAGCGUGGAGAAGAUCGGAGGCAAGGAUGGAUACGUCGAUUUGUUCUUGAUUCACAGCUCCAAGUCCGGUUCCGCCGGUCGGAAGGAGCUGUGGCAGGCCCUGGAGCGGCUGCUGGAGGAAGGCAAGACCAAGGCCAUCGGCGUCAGCAAUUUCGGCGUGAAGCACAUCGAGGAGCUGAAGUCAUUUGCCAAGGUUUGGCCGCCGCACGUUAAUCAGAUUGAGCUCCACCCCUGGUGUCAACAGCGCGAGAUCGAUGCCUACUGCAAGAAGAACGGGAUCAUCGUCGAAUCCUAUUGCCCGAUUGUGCGCAACUACAAGGCCAACGAUCCCACGCUAGUCGAGCUGGCUCAGAAGUACAACAAGUCCACCCAGCAGGUGUUGAUCCGCUACGCACUGCAGAAGGAGUGGGUUCCUCUACCCAAGUCAGAGACCCCCGAACGCAUCGCUUCGAACGCCGAUGUGUUUGAUUUCGAGAUCAGCAAGGAGGAUAUGAACGUCCUGGAUGGUCUUGACCAGGGCAGCGGCGGUGCCAUCGUUGAGGCCGUGGAGAACGAGUAGAUUUGCAGUACAUAUCAUGAUGAAUACCCGUGCCUAGGAUUAGAGACCCUCUGAAAUAUAAUAACUGUUAC